AUGCAAAGCGGCAACCGGUUUGACGUCCUGUCGGGUGGAAUAGAGGACCCCAACAUUAACGAUGAACUCAGAUUCCAGAUCGAACACUUAGGGACACUAUCAAUAAAUGAAGUUUUCGACUUGAAAACGAAAGUGGAGAAUGAACUGGAAAGUCUUUUCGACCAACUAGAGCUACAAGGCGCGGAUUUAAAUUCAAGCCUCGUUACACCAGAAGGUUAUCCUAGGUCAGACGUAGAUGUCUUACAAGUGAGGUUAUUGCGACGUAGCAUCAAUAGCUUGAGGCAUGACUUAAGAGAUGUGAUAGCUAAAUCUCAAGAGCUUUUGACAAAACAAUUUCAAAUACUUGCCGCCAAGACCCAUCAAAUUGAAGAUGAUUGUCGAAUCAGGGAAUACCGAGUACCGUUUGCAUUGGUUACAGAGGUAGUUCCGGAGAGCCCAUCACAAAUAGCCGGACUAGUGGAAGGUGACAAAAUUGUCCGUUUCGGGGAAAUACAUGCUGGAAAUCACCGUUCCCUGACAGCGAUCGGGCCUCUUGUAAAGAAAAGUCAAGACUUGCCGCUUUUGGUCCGCGUCUUGAGGCAUGAGCAAUUUUUUGAUCUGACAUUAAAACCGACAAAUAAUUGGAUAGGUCCUGGGUUGCUAGGUUGUAGAUUGGUACAUGUUUAG